AUGAAUGAAAAAAGCGGUUUCGAUGAGUUGCGAGUUAAAUAUAAGGACGUAUUGACUAAAGCCUUUUCAACUAACAACAUAGAUCUUUUGGAUUCCUUCUCUAAAAAAGCAAAUGAAACGGACAGAAAGGCUUCAAUGGACCAAGCGUUUAGGGAUAAGCUUUUAGAACUCCUAGCUGAAGAUUCGAGUUUGCUUGAAAACUAUGUUUGUUUCUGUAUCGAAUCAUGCAGACGUCAAAUGGUGACGCCCACCAUGCCCGUCGUUCUUCUAGGAGACAUAUUCGAUGCCUUAACCCUCAAUAAAUGUGAAAAACUUUUCACCUAUGUAGAAAAUGGAGUAAACAUUUGGCGUGAAGAGUUAUUUUUUGUUGCAUGCAAAAACAAUUUACUGAGGAUGUGCAAUGAUCUAUUGCGCAGGCUAUCUAGAUCACAGAACACAGUAUUUUGUGGGCGAAUAUUGCUGUUCUUAGCAAAAUUUUUCCCUUUCUCCGAGAGAUCUGGACUUAAUAUUGUGUCUGAGUUUAACUUGGAAAAUGUAACCGAAUUUGGGAGUGACAAAUCGGGUACUUUGAAGGAUGCUCUAGAUGAGGAAAUGGUGAUAGAUGAUGAUAAGAACAAACUGACUAUUGAUUAUAAUCUGUACUGCAGAUUUUGGAGUUUACAAGAAUUUUUUAGGAGUCCCAAUACAUGUUAUAAUAAAGUGCAGUGGAAAACAUUUGUGCUACAUUCUGGCAGUGUAUUAUCUGCUUUUUCAUCAUACAAAUUGGAGGCGAUAGAGCUGCAGAAGUCAAAGUUAAACAGACUAAAGACAGUAACCACAGAUGUUGAAAUGCAAGGAAACAAAGAACAGCAUUAUUUUGCUAAAUUUCUAACCAACCAGAAGUUACUAGAGUUACAACUGUCUGAUUCUAACUUCAGACGAUGUGUACUUAUACAAUUUCUUAUAUUGUUUCAGUAUUUGACAACUACUGUUAAAUUUAAGUUAGAAUCUCAAGAACUUAAGUCUGAUCAAUUAGACUGGGUGAAGGAAACCACAAAUCUGGUGUACAAGCUCCUAGGAGAAACUCCACCAGAUGGCAAGCGAUUUGCCCAGUGUGUCAAAAGUAUUCUAAAAAGGGAGGAACACUGGAAUAACUGGAAGAAUGAUGGAUGUCCAGAAUUUCAGAAACCAAAACCACCAGUACAAUCAGAAUCAAUAGAGGAAGUUAGGAGGGUGAAGAAAAGAAGAAGACCAGUUGGUGAUAUAAUAAAAGAGUAUGAGUCGCAGAAGAAACACUUCAUGGGAAACAAUGAGUUAACCAAACUGUGGAAUCUGUGUCCGGACAAUCUUGCUGCUUGCCGUACCAAAGAAAGAGAUUUCAUGCCGCCUUUAGAGUCUUACAUGCUGUCUGGUGGAAGUGGGGGUGUGACGACCGGCGGGUGGGGUUGGCGCGCGUUGAGACUGCUCGUGCGACGCUCGCCCCACUUCUUCGUGCACACUAACAACCCGAUUGGUCGACUGCCGGACUAUCUGGAUGAUAUGGUGAAGCGUAUAUCUCGCGAGGUCGCUGCAAACGCCGCCGCUGCCAACGCCAAUGGCGACGCAGGUGCUAACGACGACAAGACUGUUAAGACGGAGACUCAAGAAGAAGAAGUGACCGAGGAACAAAUUGAAGCUGAUCUUAUGAAGGAAGGUGACGCUACAGAUAUUGAACAGGUCCCAGACUCAACAGACGCCACCGACGAAGAUAAACCAGCAAGAACUCGUCUCACAAUGAUAACAGACACGCAAUUGGACUCCGUAGCAGCAAAAUUAGCGGACUGGAAGAAACUAGCAGCCAAACUCAGCUAUCGACCAGAUGAAAUAGAGUACUUUGAAACAGAGAACGCGACAGAUGAGGCCCGUGCGAAAAACAUGCUCAAAUUGUGGUUCGAUGACGAUGAGGACGCCUCUGUAGAGAACCUACUCUACAUUAUGGAGGGUCUGGAGAUGGUGGAAGCUUGCGUGACUGGUGCGCAGGAGUGGAAUUUGUGGAUUUGUUGCAAAUUUCUAAGAUUUGAAUCCAGGACCACUUGUGCUUGA